AGUUACACUUGAAAAUGUUGUCAAAUUAAAUUGCCAUCUAAUAUGAUUCGCAGAGCGGCAAGCAGAGCUUGUAGCCAGCUGCUGAGUGGUGGCAAGUGGCAAGAGGCAUGCAGCAUGGCCAAACGCGCUCGCCUCUGCACGCAGCCAGCGCCGAAGGAGUCGAAGCCCAAUUAUGGCCUGCGCGCUUUUCUGGGCAGUCUUUGCGGCCUGCUGCUGUGGGCCAUCUAUGAGCUGGGCAAGCCGGAGUAUGAUCAAUGCGGUCGCUGCAUUGAGGAUGAGCUGAGUGGACUGCCGCUGCCGCAGCAGUACUUGCAACGCAUGUGGCGAGCGUUGCACUAUUAUGAAAAGAUGCUGGACGAGCCGCUGCCAACGCGACUGCUGCCGGAUAUUCUAAUGCCGCCAUAUGUGCAGCCGCGCUAUACGCUAGUGCUGGAGCUGAAGGAUGUGCUGGUGCAUCCCGACUGGACGUAUCAGACGGGCAGGCGCUAUAAGAAGCGGCCGGGCGUCGAUCACUUUCUGCGCCAGUGUAGCAAACACUUUGAGAUUGUGAUCUAUACAGCGGAGCAGGGCAUGACGGCGUUUCCCAUACUCGAUGCACUCGAUCCGCAUGGCUUCAUCCAAUAUCGUCUAGUGCGUGGCGCCACGCAGCUGGUGGAUGGUCAGCAUAUCAAGAACCUGAAUCGCCUCAAUCGCAAUCUAGCGCGCGUCAUUGUCGUUGACUGGGAUCACACCGCCAUACCCAUGCAUCCCGAUAAUAUAUUUAAUAUUGUGCGCUGGCUGGGCAACGAUGAUGAUGUUCAGCUCUUUGACUUGGCUGCAUUCCUACAGCUCAUAGCGGAGCAUCAGCUGGACGAUGUGCGGGAGGUGCUGCACUAUUAUCGCCAAUUUGACGAUCCCAUUGAGCAGUUCAAGGAGAAUCAACGCAAGCUACUCGAACAGAAACAGGAGGAGCCUGACAAUAAGAAAGCCUUUAAUUAAGCUAAGAAUGAUAAAUAAAUGCUCAAAUUCAAAUUUGAAAAUAAACAAAUACUUA